AUGGCAUCGCGUAGCUCCGUGGUGGCCCUGGGGCUCAGUUCCCAGCCCAGCUGCAGCACCCCACUGUCUGUGCAAAGAAAUUCCUUCCCUGGGCUGCACCUCCCUUCGCAGAGCUGCCUGCUCAGCCAAGACAGCUUCUUCAGGAGCUCCAACAGGAGUUUCUGUGGUACGAGUGAUGCUGUGGGUUCAGAACUGUUCGACUGCAGCUACUCCAUCCCUGACCCGCAGCUGAUCCGCAGGAUUGUGUCCCAGGUGGAGUUCUACCUCUCUGAUGAGAAUCUGGCCAAGGAUGCCUUCCUCCUGAAGCACGUCCAGAAGAACAAGUUGGGCUUUGUCAGCAUCAAACUGCUGACAUCCUUCAAGAAGGUGAAGUACCUCACCCGAGACUGGCGCCUCACGCUCUACGCCCUGCGCUUCUCCGAGCUGCUGGAAGUCAACCAGGAGGGCACCAAAGUGCGGCGUCGCAUCCCCAUCCCUGACUCCAUCCUCAACGUCCCUCCCACCAAACUCCUGCUGGCCUGGGACCCGCUGCCCCCAGAGCCGGGCACGCCUCCGCCGCUGCAGAGGAACUUCAUCGAAACCAUCACGCAGAUGUUCAGCCCCUUUGGAGCCAUCGCCUCCAUCCGCAUCCUCCGACCGGGCCGUAAGCUGCCCUCGGACAUGAGGAAAUACGCAGCGCGUUUCCCUGAGCUGCUGAGCCACUGCUGUGCGCUGGUGGAGUACGAGAGCCUGGAGAGCGCGCGCAGGGCCUGCGAGGAGCUGGGCCAGCCCUGCUCCCGUGGCAUCUGUGUGGUGAGGCUCUCGGGGAAGGGAUCCAAGAAGAGGAGCGGGGCUGAGCAGGAGGAGCUGGUGGAGGCGCGAGCCGAAGCCUUUCCCUGCGCUGUUGGGGAUUCGCUGUUCUGCAGCUCCUCGGAGUCGGAUGUGGCCUCACCGCAGCUCCUCUCGGCACACGCUUGGCCCCAUGGCCACAGCUUCCAGCCCAGCUCCUUCAGCAGCACCUUCUCUGGGUCGCUCCUGGCCAGCAUGGCCUUCCCUCCGCUCACUGCAGAGCUGGGUUUCAGCCUCAGUGCCACCCCCAAGAGCCCCGAUUUGGGCUGGGGGAGCACGUGGGCCCCGUGGCACAGCAGCAAUGCCCACAGCCCCUCUGUGGAUGCCACCUCCCCUCCCAGAGCCCCCCUGGCUGUGAAGCCCAAAUCCUGUGUGCUGCGCCUGCCCCACGGGCCCGAUGGCACCAAAGGCUUCUACAACAGCAUUGGGAGAGGGAAGUUUGUCCUCGAGCACUAA